UAAAAGGAAAACCCUUUAACAAAAAUAACUGAGUAAAAAGAAGAAAAAAAUCCCAACCAGAUAUUAAAGAAUAUGAUACCAAAUAAACGAGUUAAAUUUCCUUUUUCUAAAUUUAAAACUUAAUAUGAAAGUCAAACCAUUUGACUCAACAGCCGCCUUCAUUCUUUGAAUUCCUAGAAACCUCCACAAUUCUCUGAAUUCAUCCUGAUCAUCCAAGUGACAAACUAAAACACUCAAGAUAAAUCGGACGGUCUAGAUCAUUUAUCUCUCUCUCUUUCACGCAUCUAAAGUUUGACUUUCAUUCUCCAAAAGUCUACAGAAUAUGAACUCUUCUCUUUUAAGUUUUAAAAAUUUGACCCAAGAAGAAAGUUUUUAACAAAAUUGUAUUCCAAUAAGGAAUAAAAAUUAGGUAUUAAUAUUCUCUCUUAUCGUCCUUUAAAAACUUAAAAUAAAUGGAAAAUCUAACUAUGUAAUUUGGAAUUUCCUUAAUUUCGUAUCAAUUUUUUUUGUUCAAACGUAUCAAAUUUUAUUUAUUUUCAUUUUCCCUAAUAAAUCCGGUAUCAACUUAAUAAUUAUUAUAUAAUAAAAAAAAGGAGAAAACCUAAACCGAUAUUGAAUAUCUUCAGGAGUCCAAUUCCAGAUACGCAAAAAAAACAAAAUAAAUAAUAAUAAAUAUUUAAAAAUCCGCACUAUAUAAACGAAACUCGCCCACCUUCUCUUCCGCUUCUUUCGUCUUCAACAGCUUUCUCUUAAAAUCUCCGCUACGUUUGCUUCCCUUUCACUAAGCAACAAAAUCGAUUCCCAUUCAAUCCCUCUUAAUGAUGCCUCCUUCCGAUCCUUCAGAUAAGGACUCCGAGCCGUUCGUGGAAACGGAUCCCACCGGCAGAUACGGCCGUUACGACGAGCUCCUAGGCUCCGGCGCCGUCAAAAAAGUCUACAGAGCCUUCGACCAAGAGGAAGGCAUCGAAGUCGCGUGGAACCAAGUCAAGCUCAGCUGCUUCUCCGACGACCCCGCCAUGACCGAGAGGCUCUACUCGGAGGUGAGGCUCCUCAAGAGCCUCAAGAACAGCAGCAUCAUCGCCUUGUACAAGGUGUGGAGAGACGAGUGGAGUAAUACUUUGAACUUCAUCACCGAGAUUUGUACCUCUGGGAACUUGAGAGAGUAUAGGAAGAAGCAUAGACACGUGUCAAUGAGAGCUUUAAAGAAGUGGUCUAAGCAGAUACUUAAGGGAUUGGUUUAUCUCCAUACUCAUGAUCCUUGCAUCAUCCAUAGGGAUCUUAACUGCAGCAACGUUUUCGUUAAUGGUAACAUCGGUCAGGUUAAGAUUGGCGAUCUUGGAUUGGCUGCGAUCGUGGGGAAGAACCAUUCAGCUCACUCGAUCCUCGGCACACCAGAGUUCAUGGCUCCUGAGCUGUACGACGAGUAUUACACUGAGAUGAUUGACAUAUACUCGUACGGGAUGUGCGUUUUGGAGCUUGUGUCGCUCGAGAUUCCGUACAGCGAAUGCGAUAGCGUGGCGAAGAUAUACAGAAAGGUGACCAGUGGAGUCAAGCCAGAGGCUCUGAAGAAAGUGAAGGAUGUGGAAGCGAAGGCCUUUAUUGAGAAGUGCAUUAAUGCGAAACCCAAGGCGAGACCUUCUGCAGCUGAGCUUCUUCGUGACCCGUUUUUUGAUGGGAUUGUAGAUGAUGAUGAUGAUGAAAACAAUGAUGUUAAUGGAACUGGUCGUGUUGUUUCUUGAUGAUGGAUGAAUACAUACAUUUUGGAAUCUUUGAGAAAGUUUUGUAAAUUGUAUUUUGUUUUAUGCUCUACCUGACGCACACGGUAGUGACAUAUCUUGCAAACAAAAUUGAAAUUGUUAUGCUUUCCUUCACAUAUUUCUUCAAAAAAAAUUCUUUUUUUUCUUA